GCUGACUCCACUUUCUUGGAAUUCAUGAGAAACGUUUAAUCUUCGCUCGUGCAACAUCACGCGCGCUCGAGCCAAGGCGCGGUAACCAGAGAGAGCAUCCAGGUAUCUCUGAGGAGACCAGCUUCACUAACCCACCUUCCUCAGACCAGAAUUGAGCACUGACAGAGACGCCGGUCUGCCGUUUACUGGGGAAUCUUAACGUGCACUGGACGCAUUUCCAUCACUUCUUCCCACUUUUGCGCUCCAUGGGGCAGGUGUUAUACGCAAACCUGUUUAUUGACUUUUCCACCUAUCUUCAAAAGACUUUUGUUCCAGUCUAGUGACAGUCACGGACGUCUACCUUCAAGUCUGUUGAAAGUCAUCGACAUCAACAAGAGAAAUGGAUAACAGCCCUGGAGGUGGAGUCAUCCUGUAUGCAGGCUCCUCUGGCAGUUCCAGCCCCAGCCCUGGCAGCCCCUCCAGCGGGUACCAGACACAGUCACCGUCUUCACACUCCCAGCCCUCAUCUCCAGAGGAGGUUACCUUCACAGAGAUUGGGGCAUUGAAACAGAGGGGAGGCGGGUGCACCACCCCAUCCUCCAAACUGGUGUUCCAGUUCCCAGAGGUCUACAGUGGCCCCACAGCAGCAGCCACUCCACAGCAUACCUAUGCACACCCCAUCGCAGGAAAAAGGCCAUGCGGGUUCACAGGAACUUUCACAAAGACGGGUGGAAUGGUCCUGCUUUGCAAAGUCUGCGGGGACAUUGCAUCUGGUUUCCACUAUGGAGUGCAUGCAUGUGAGGGUUGUAAGGGCUUUUUCCGCCGCAGCAUCCAGCAGAACAUCAACUACAAGAUGUGUGUGAAGAAUGAGAACUGUCUGAUCAUGCGCAUGAACCGCAACCGGUGCCAGCACUGCCGCUUCAAGAAAUGUCUCUCUGUUGGCAUGUCAAGAGAUGCUGUGCGUUUUGGCCGCAUCCCUAAGAGAGAGAAGCAGCGACUUCUGGAUGAGAUGCAGAGCUACAUGAACAGCCUAAAUGAGUCAGCCGCCAUGGAAAUGGAGCCCUCUUCAGUGAGGGACACCCCCCCCAGCACAGAAGAUGGCAACUCAAAAGAGGCCAUUGGGGCUAUCUCAAGAGCCUACCGGGACAUCUUCACCAGCACCACCAGCAGCAGCCAGGAGAGAGCAGCCAAGAGGGCCAACAUCACUACCACCGCUAACAACAACACACCUCCCUUUUCUCGGGAUGCCAGUUUUCCACGAGUCUCCCCUCACCCCACCCCUGCCCACACUUAUCAGUCUUGCCCUGUUGCACCUGCCACUCUAUGUCCAGUUGCCCCUAAUGAAAACCAACAUACAUUCCACAGUGUGGACAACAGUCGCUAUACUUACUUAGUGUCAACUAAUCAGAAUCAUGAUCAGUCAACACGUCAAAGGGGCGCCUCUGCCAAUCAUAACAGUUUUCACAAUGCAGGAAGUAACCAAAAUCAGCCCUCCUGCCCAUGGAAAUUAGCUCAAGGAGCUAAAGUGCUGGCCUGUCCCCUAAAUGCAUGGCCUGUAUCAGGGCCCGAACGUUCGAGUCAGGAGAUAUGGGAAUCCUUCUCUCAGUGUUUCACUCCUGCUGUCAAGGAAGUGGUAGAGUUUGCCAAGGGCAUCCCAGGAUUUCAGGAGCUUAGCCAACAAGACCAGGUCAUGCUGCUCAAAUCAGGCACCUUCCAGGUUUUGAUGGUGAGGUUCUGCACCUUGUUCAAUGCCGAGGAGCGUACAGUCACCUUCCUGAAUGGCCAAACAUACCCCCUGUCCACCCUGCGCGCCUUAGGCAUGGGCUCUCUGCUGGAUGCAAUGUUUGAGUUCAGUGAGAAGUUGGGCUCCCUGGGGCUAGAGCCUGAUGAAAUGGCCCUCUUUAUGGCUGUGGUGCUGGUCUCUGCAGACCGUUCUGGCAUCUCGGACAUGCAGGCUGUGGAGCAGCUACAGGAGGGUCUGAUCCGUGCCCUACGGUCGCUGAUUACCCGCCGUCGCCCAGAUGACACCGCCCUCUUCUCCAAACUCCUCCUGCGCCUGCCGGACCUUCGCACCCUCAACAACCUGCACUCCGACAAACUGUUGGCCUUUCGCAUUGACCCUUGAUCAAACCGCUUGUUCAUAGAGCACAGAGACACAAGCUGUUAUACGCAAGACUAUACAAUACAACACAUAAACACACACACACACAAACGCACAUAGAUAUUAUCUUCCAAGGACAAGACUUGCUUGAAAAGUAAGGACCAAGGAAUAGGGCAAUCUGAGGAGUAAGGAGGAAACGGAAAAGUAAGGGCAGUAGCGAACAUAUUUUUGAUUUGUUAUUGAUCUUCAUGCAAUGUUUUGAGACAAAUAAACAUACACAUACAAACUCAUGUAUACAUAUAAACCACAACACCUCUUCAGAGACAUUGUUCCAAUAAAAGAAUAUCAUGUAGAGUUAUUAUUACCCUUUUGGACAAAUCAUCUGUGCACUUGCUCAUUAUAUCCAGUGUACUUAAGAAUAAAAGCUGGUUCACUUUUGUUUAUUCCUUAACUCGUACAGUAUCAACAGGCCAUCACUAAGCAGAGGCUGAAAGAUUAUGUAGCUCCAAACCGUUAACCGUUAUUACUUAGGGACCAUUAGUUAUGAUUGACUAUGUGUCAGUUUGUGUUUAAGAGAAAGGGAACCUGUAUAUAGUACAUAGCAAAAAUCUGAAAUGCUAAGGUAAUUGUGUAUCACUGUUUCACAAACAUGCCAUCUGCAUUAGCACUGCAAUGAGACCACUAUUUUAAUGUGUCACUUGUAGACAAUAGGAUGCAUUCUGUCUCUUACUAUUUUUAACCGAUCUUCCAGAAAACAUUUGACAGACCUUGGAUUUAAAUAUGCCAACUUCAUAGAUCAAUGGCAUUUUAUGUAAUUUCACAAAAGCAUUGUGUCUGCAUCACUAUAUCGUAUCACAUCUGGACUGGAUGGAGAUGCUCCAUGCAUGUUGGGUUUUGUAGUUCCUUUGUUUAUUUCUGUUGCUGUAAAUAUUAUGUUACCCAAAUGUCUAUGUAUCAAUGACUGAACUAAUAUAAUGGAUCGGACAGCUGAGUUCGGUGUAAAGGAGAAUGUAUUGACCUUCCUGUACCAGGUAGGGGUUUGGCAAUGCUAAGGGGACUUUGCACAGGAGAAUAUUUAGUAGGGAUUCUCAGAUGGUUUAGACCCACUUCCUGCUAUCAGAUGAUGUAACCAACCAGCAUAAUCCCUGAAAUCACCAGCACUCACUCCACAUGCACCCUUCCUCCACCCCCAAUGUUUGUCAUACAAACACAAGAGAUAUUUUUGGGUGGGAGAUCGUGUUUGAUUGGUCCUCACACUGUUUGCUUAUUUGAUUAUGGCUGAUUGAGGACAUCU